AUGGAUGUUCUCAAAACUAUUCAAGAUAGUUUGUUGCAAGUUAAUGCAUUUGUAGACAAAUUUCGCCAAGCUCAUGCAAUUUUGAAUCAAUUAGCCUUCGCUGGACAAAAUCUACCUGCUCAUCUUCACUACAGUUCAGCAACAGACCGACGACGGUAUAACCUACCAACUGCUGAUGAGAUUGCAAUUGUAAUACUAGGUGAUGGAACUGAGGUUACUGGAAUGAGAGAUGUUGUUUUACAUCUACAGGGAAAUAAUGAACUGAUGCAAAUUAAUGAAUGUCACCCAGCGUAUUUGCCAUUGCAUUAUGUUUUAUUAUUCCCGUAUGAGUAUUCAACAAUUUUGAGAGGUGGAAAACUAUUCCAAGAGUUUUUGGUAGAUGAUUGGGCUGCAACUGAGCAAAAUCGGUUGACGUACUACAAGCUUAAUCAAAAAAAAAUUCUAGCUGAACUUUACCAAGAUUUAAGCGAUAUUGAUCCAGAUGACUUGCAACCUAAUCAAAUUGAUUCAAUAGUUAUCACGCGAUACAACCAGCACCCAGAUAUUUUUCUCACCAUGACUGCAAAUCCCAAUUGGCCAGAAAUUACUUCAGCAUUAUUACCACACCAAAAAGCUAUUGAUCGUCCGGAUUUGAUUGCCCGUGUUUUUGAGUUAAAAAGAAAGUGUUUGAUGAAGGAGAUAGAGACAAACAAAGUGUUCGGUAAUAAAGUUGCGCAUGUUUUUACAAUUGAAUUCCAAAAACGAGGCCUACCACAUAUGCAUGCGCUUCUCUUUCUUAAAGGUCCAGACAAAAUUCGAACAUGUGCUCAAGUAGACAAAUUAGUUUGUGCAGAAUUUCCAGAUCCAAAAGAUGAUCCUACACUUUUUGAAACUGUCAAGUGUUGCAUGGUACAUGGACCAUGUGGUGCUCGAAAUCCCCAAGCACCAUGUAUGGAAAAUGGUAGAUGUACUAAGAAAUACUCUCGAGCCUUUGUAGAAUCAACAACUAUGGACCAAGAUGGAUAUCCAAUCUAUCGUCGUCGCAAUAGUGGUCAAGUAUAUACUGUGAGAGGACAGGAAGUUGAUAACAGGGAUAUGGUAACAUACAAUGCAUAUCUUUCUAAACGAUUCAACUGUCAUAUAAAUGUAGAAGUUUGUGCUGUAGUGAGAUGUGUUAAGUAUAUACAUAAGUAUAUUUACAAGGGUUAUGAUCACAUAACAAUGGUUUUGGGAUUGAUUAAUCCAACAAUAUCUUGA